AUGCCGUCUCAGAUGGAACACGCCACGGAAACGAUGACGUUCACAUUUCACAGAUGUGCUGGGGAUAAAGGCUACUUAACAAAGGAGGGCCUGAGAGUGCUCAUGGAAAAGGAGUUCCCUGGAUUUGUGGAAAAUCAAAAAGACCCUCUGGCCGUAGACAAAAUAAUGAGAGACCUGGACCAAUGCCAAGAUGGCCGAGUGGGUUUCCAGAGCUUCUUUUCGCUAAUCGCUGGGCUCACCAUCGCGUGCAACGACUAUUUUGUAGUGCACAUGAAGCAGAAGGGAAAGAAGUGGGCAGCUGAGCAGCUACUUCCUCCCCAAGAAAGAGGUCUCCCAAGGGGUCGCUUAAGGAAUCUCUGCCCCACAGCUUCCCCCUGUAUGAGGACUUCAUGA